UAUAUGGAGAGCGUUUUAUAUGUUGAACCAGAUACUGAGUUUGUUAGUAUGUUAUUUUAAAUGAACAGUUUACUUAACUAUAUUUCAGUAUUAUCUAGAAGAAGGAUGAGGCCACAAAAAAGACAUGACAUUUACAUAUAAGGAUGGUGAAAAUCUAGGUUUAAAUUGUUUUUGUCUUAAGGAAUUGUAACACUCGACAGUCAGGAUAGUCUAGAGUUUAAGGCUGUUCCCUAAGCCUUGGGAAGACUUCUUUGUCAUGCAAUUUUUGUGCAGGUCUUUGGCAAUUUUACUCAGACCCCAGAGCCAGACAAGGGCUUGGGAGCUUAAGUGUCAGCAUAGUCCCAGACAGUCAUGCAUUAAAAUAAGCUAACUGGAUUUUUAUGGCUAAUCUAUUGUAUCCGCCGUAAGAAAAGACUAGACGCAUGAACAUAACCGUUACCAGGCAGUAUUGCAAAACAAAGUAAAAUGGAUUCAUUUGAACCACUAAUUCUUACAACCAUCAGACAGCACUCUUGCCCAGUGACUUGCUACCGUCUACUGUGGUCUGUGGUGUUGACACAGAGGAAGGAGUGGUUGUGCCUAGCUAACAAAGAAACAAAGAAAAGAGAAAAAAUGUGCCUUUCUCCUGGGUCUCUGUAAGGUGGCAGCCGUGAAACAGUAUUCACAUGUAUUUCAUUUGUUAAAAAUGGUUUACAGUUUGCAAAAAGCUGAGGGGCAAUAAAAUCAAAGCUUACCUAACAUAUGGUAGCAUUACUCACAAUUCAGGAACGUCAGACUAUCAUAAUUUGGGGUUAAUGAGUAGCAGGAUUCAUGAAUUCUCCACUCACUGUGACUAACUUAUGCCUUUGGGAAAGUUUUCUAACCUCUUUAUGCCUUAACAGAUCCACAUGGAAAACGAACCUUCAUAGGAGAGUGUUAAAGGUAAGUUAAUAUUUGUGAGCUUUGAAAAUUCUGUGUAAAUAAGAACAAGCAGUGGGUGAUCAAUAAAGACGUGUUUAAAUGUUAACUCUAACAAAAAGAAGUUAUCUGCUCCUCUUUGUGAAAGGUUGCUCCGUUCUCUUCAACACACUGGUUAAUGAAUGCUAAGCACCAGGGAGUAGUGCCUUGUUUUGCUUACAAAUCAGAGAUUAUCUUCUUGCAUGAAAAAAGACUACUUCAUCCGUGAGCAUCCUUCCUUUUGUUGAGCGAUACCUCAUGAGGAACCAAAUAAGGUAAAAUUAGAAAAUGCAUGUUCAUCUUGACAGGAGCAAAACUUCCUGGUUUUGUUGUUUUGGUUAAGUCUCUCUUUAACAACAAACUACAAUAAAAUUGUAUUUUUAGAGACAUGCUCUUUGUAAUCCUUAGUUCAGUUGAUUAAACUCUGAAAAAACGUUGUCUUGUGACUUGCACAGCAAACACCAACCUUAGUAAAUGGUUAUGGAGCUAAAUGGUUAAAUGUAGCACUUUCUUGAGUAAUAAGUUUUCAGAUAGAAAGCCAUAACAUGAAAAAUGUUAGUAAAUAUUCCUGUUGGCAUGAAAAGGAGAACAUCUGCUAAAGUCACGAGUGGUUUGUUGCCUGAGUUAGCAGCAGGACAGCCUACAGCUGAUUAGCUAUGGCCUGAGAAGAGAACAGGAGUGCAGUGGAGAGAAAUGCUGGUUAUUUGGAGUUAUUUGAAAUCACUCUAAAAGCAUUAAGAACAAUAUAUUUGAUUCUUCUUUUUAAUUCUUUCCUUGGUAUCUUGCAAGACUGCUGUAAUGACUGCUUAAAUAUUAUAACAUAUGCAAAGUAAAAUACAUGUGCAUGAAAUCUGAUGAUUUGAUCUUAUUUAAGUAAAUAUUUGUCCAUUCCUACCCAGAAAUGCACAUGUACACGGGCAAAAUAUCAAGCACGUGUUCCAAAGUCAGGUUUGAGCACAUAUUUGGGAUUUCCACAUAUGCUGAGACAACGCUGAGAUCAGCCAGACUGUGGCAUUUGUGUUCCUUUAGGCCUGUGUUGUGGGCCUGAUCGUGAGAGCUCGGAGGCCAGGCUGAACUCUGGGACUACCUGCUCAGAGCAGAACAAGUAUUGCCUGUUUUUUUUUCUAAACCGUGUUGCAAAAAACGGGCAUGGGUAUCUCUGAUUUAGGGCAGAUUGGGCAGUUCAAACAUCUUUUAAUCUCAGAUAUGCUACAGUUAGGUUUGGAGUAAGGGUGAGGUAAUUCUGGAUGCCAACACAGCCAACCUUUGCUGCCUGUUAUGAUAGUUCUUAAAGACAGAUGUAUGCUAACGUUUCGAAACAGGAAUAAACUCCAAAAUGUGUUUCACCGUUUUCCUUGAUUCCCUGCACUCGAGCGUGGAGGAGAAGUUUUGACGGAGAGAGCUCCUGUGACAAACUGUUACUUAACUUGUCGUUCCUGUGAGGGCUAUUUGAAAGAUUUCUCUCUUCCCUGAAAAGAAAUAAAGUUUGGGCAACGCAUAAUGUAUACGUACAGGUAUGUCGCAUUUGGCCCAUUAUACAGAACAUUGUUUUAUGGUGCCAUAUGUUAUCUUCCCAAAUGGCAUGGCAGCAACAUGCCUUACGUGCCUGUGUUCCCAUGGCAGUGGCUGUGUUAACGUUUUUCAGCUGGGGAGGGAAAACGGCCUUCUGUUGCUGUGAGGUGACGUGACACAGUUCACGUUGUGCCGGCUGGGACGACACCGCAAGCCGCAGCUCCAGGGCCCGCCGAGGCUCUGCUGGCGCUACGAGGGCGGCGACCCUGCCUUGAGCCCGGCCGGGGGGCAGCGCAGGGCGCCUCGCUGGAGGGAGGCAGCUUUCUCAGCCCAAAGCCGCCUCCCCUCCCUCAGCCCCUCUCCACCUCCAGGAUCCUGCCUAACAGGCCACGAAGAGCCGGCUGCUUAAUAUUCUACAGAUGGUCCUGUCCAAGGAUGAGCUGAGUUACUCCAGCAUGUAACACCCUUGUGAAACUGGAGGGAUUCCCACCUGUGCCUGCGUGACACAGCAGAAGCGGAGCUGCAGGGAGCCUGCCGGUACCUCUUGGCUCUUCUGGUGACACUUCUGCACACUGGUGCAAACUAGCGACCUCCUCCCGCAGCGGAAGCAGCUGCCCUGGACUGCGCGCGGGAGGCAGAGCGUCCCGGCUGAUCCGCCCCGGGGAAAGGAGCAGCGCUGAGGAGCUGAGGAAUCUGAAAUGAAAGAUACCUAGAUUCUGGUGACCUUGUCACAGUUGCUUUCUUCUUUAUUCUGACAGGGUAAAAGACUUGAACAUGCCUCGAAGCCCAACAUCAAGUGAAGAUGAAAUGGCACAGAGCUUUUCAGACUAUUCUGUUGAAUCUGAAUCAGACAGCUCCAAAGAAGAAACUAUUUAUGAUACAAUUAGAGCUACUGCAGAAAAGCCAAGCAGCAGAAUGGAAGACGGUCAGAGCAAUACGUUAGUGAUUCGAAUCAUAAUACCUGAUCUACAGCAAACGAAAUGCAUUAGAUUUAACCCUGAAGCUUCAGUAUGGGUUGCAAAGCAACGAAUUUUGUGCACUUUGAAUCAGAGUUUGAAAGAUGUCUUGAAUUAUGGACUGUUCCAGCCUGCAAGCAAUGGUAGAGAUGGAAAAUUUUUGGAUGAGGAACGGCUUCUUAGGGAAUACCCACAGCCAGUGAAUAAGGGAGUUCCUUCCUUAGAGUUUCGGUACAAGAAGAGAGUGUACAAACAGUUCAAUCUUGAUGAAAAGCAGCUGGCUAAGCUUCAUACAAAGGCUAAUUUGAGAAAAUUUAUGGAUCACGUCCAUCAUCUCUCAGUGGAAAAAAUCACAAAGAUGUUAGACCGAGGACUGGACCCCAACUAUCAUGACCUAGAAAGUGGAGAAACUCCACUAACUUUGGCAGUUCAGCUUGACAAUACUGUAGAAGUGAUAAAAGCUCUGAAAAAUGGAGGAGCGCAUUUAGACUUCAGAGCCAAAGAUGGAAUGACAGCUCUGCACAAAGCAGCUAGAGCCAAGAACCAAGUAACCCUCAAGACCCUUUUAGAGCUUGGAGCAUCUCCUAACUAUAAAGACAGCUGUGGCCUGACACCACUGUACCACACUGCUGUCGUGGGAGGGGAUCCUUAUUGCUGUGAACUGUUACUUCAUGAACACGCCACAGUCAGCUGCAAAGAUGAAAAUGGAUGGCAAGAAAUUCAUCAGGCUUGUCGGUAUGGGCACGUCCAACAUCUAGAGCACCUGCUCUUCUAUGGAGCCGACAUGGGCGCGCAGAACGCAUCGGGAAACACAGCGCUGCAUAUCUGCGCCCUUUACAACCAGGAGAGCUGUGCAAGAGUGCUGCUGUUCCGGGGAGCCAACAAGGAGAUUAAGAAUUACAACAGUCAGUCUCCAUUUCAGGUGGCUAUAAUAGCAGGAAAUUUUGAGCUCGCCGAAUAUAUCAAGAAUCACAGGGAAGCUGAUAUUGUGCCCUUCAGAGAGGCUCCUACCUAUUCAAACAGAAGGCGGAGGCCGCCGAGCACCUUGGCGGCACCUCGCGUCUUGCUCCGUUCCAACAGCGAUAACAAUCUCAACAUCAACAACCUCCCUGACUGGUCAGCCUCCUCUUCUGCUUCUUCCCACCGCAGCCUUUCACCUCAUCUACUUCAACAGAUGCAGAAUAAUCCUAAUGGAACUGUAAAAACUGUUGGGAGUUACACUCCGUCCUCUCGGAGCCGGUCGCCAUCCUUAAACAGGCUGGGAGAGGAUGCGAAAAGGCAGCAACACAGGCACAUCAGUGCCGGUUACAGUCCUAGUGCCAACAAGGAUACUCUCUCUGUCUUGGAUUAUCAGGGUCCAAAGCGCAAACUUUACAGUGCUGUACCUGGAAGACUUUUUAUUGUCGUAAAGCCAUAUCAACCUCAAGGAGAAGGGGAAAUUCAUCUGCACAAAGGUGACAGAGUAAAAGUUUUAAGCAUCGGUGAAGGUGGAUUCUGGGAAGGCAGUACCCGGGGACAUAUUGGAUGGUUUCCUGCAGACUGUGUUGAAGAAGUUCAGUGUAAACCAAAUGAAAGCAAACCAGAAACACGAACAGAUAGAACAAAGAAACUGUUUAGACACUACACAGUUGGAUCCUAUGACAGCUUUGAUGCUUCAAGUGACUGCAUCAUAGAAGAAAAGGCAGUGGUCCUGCAGAAAAAGGACAAUGAAGGAUUCGGAUUUGUGCUCAGAGGGGCAAAAGCUGACACACCAAUUGAAGAAUUCACCCCAACUCCAGCCUUUCCUGCUUUGCAGUACUUGGAAUCGGUGGACGAAGGGGGAGUAGCAUGGCAAGCUGGCUUGAGAACUGGAGACUUUUUGAUCGAGGUUAAUAAUGAGAACGUGGUGAAAGUCGGACACAGGCAGGUGGUGAACAUGAUUCGACAAGGGGGCAAUCACCUAGUUCUUAAGGUUGUCACAGUAACCAGGAAUCUUGAUCCAGACGACACAGCUAGAAAGAAAGCCCCACCACCUCCUAAGCGAGCUCCAACCACUGCACUGACCUUGCGGUCUAAGUCAAUGACCUCAGAGCUUGAAGAGCUUGAUAAGGUGGAUGAAAUAGUACCAGUUUCCAAGCCAUCAAGAAUUGCAGACAAUGCAACUGUGGACUCAAGAGUGGCAACUAUUAAACAGCGGCCUUCUAGUAGAUGUUUUCCCUCAGCUACAGAUAUGAAUUCCAUGUAUGAGAGACAGGGUAUUGCUGUGAUGACGCCCACUGUACCAGGGAGUCCUCAAGGUCCUUUUCUGGGUAUACCUCGGGGUACAAUGAGAAGACAAAAAUCUAUAGGAAUAACGGAGGAAGAACGGCAGUUUUUGGCUCCUCCUAUGUUGAAAUUUACCAGAAGUCUUUCGAUGCCUGACACCUCUGAAGAUAUCCCACCACCACCACAGUCCUUACCCCCUUCACCACCACCACCUUCUCCAUCUCUGUACAACUCUCCCAAGUCCCCAACAUCAAGGAGCUAUGGAACAAUUAAACCUGCAUUUAAUCAGAAUUCAGGUUCAAAAAUUUCUUUGAUUAGGCCUGAAAACGUGGGAACGAUGAUACGGGACAAAGGGAUCUAUUACAGACGAGAACUGGACCGUUAUUCACUGGAUUCGGAGGACUUGUACAGUAGGAGUGCCACAUCUCAGGCAAAUUUCAGGAACAAGAGAGGUCAGAUGCCAGAAAACCCAUAUUCUGAAGUUGGGAAGAUCGCAAGCAAAGCCGUUUACGUGCCAGCCAAACCAGCACGGCGGAAGGGGAUGCUGGUGAAGCAGUCUAAUGUUGAAGACAGUCCGGAGAAGACCUGCUCUAUUCCAAUUCCAACCAUCAUUGUGAAAGAACCAUCUACCAGCAGUAGUGGGAAGAGCAGCCAAGGCAGCAGCAUGGAAAUCGAUCCUCAGUCUUCAGAGCAACCUGGGCAACUCAGACCUGAUGAUAAUUUAGGCGUCAGCAGCCCAUUUGCAGCAGCUAUUGCUGGAGCAGUGAGGGACCGGGAGAAGCGGUUGGAAGCGAGGCGCAAUUCUCCAGCCUUCCUUUCAACGGACUUAGGAGACGAGGAUGUUGGGCUAACACCACCAACACCACGUAUGAGGCAAUCUAAAUUUACUGAUGAAGGAAUGUUUAGUAGUGAAGAUGGUUUUCGGCAGCUUAUGUCGCCAUCUCCGAUCCCCGCACCCAGAGAGUCUGAAAGUCUUUUUAAUAGUAGUGAACCCAGCAAUCAAAGUGAUUCAAGGACAUUAAACGCUUCAUCCAAAACAAAAGGUACUGAAAACAGUACGGUGGCAGCUAAGUCCUCAAAUGCAUCCAGCUCAGAUAACUACGUCCACCCGGUCACAGGAAAGCUAUUAGACCCAAACUCACCGCUAGCCCUCGCUCUCUCUGCCAGGGACAGAGCCAUGAAAGAACAAACACAGCAAAUCCCAGGCAAAGGAGAAGCUGGUAAAGCAGACCUUAACAAACCACUUUACAUCGAUACAAAGCUGCGACCCAAUAUUGAAACAACGUUUCCUGUUACUGCUACUGUCACUAGGCAAAACACCCGUGGUCCGCUGAGAAGGCAGGAGACUGAGAACAAGUACGAAACAGAUGCGGGGAAAGAAAAGAAGGCUGAGGAGAAGAAGAACAUGUUGAUAAACAUUGUGGAUACUUCACAGCAGAAGUCAGCUGGUUUGUUAAUGGUUCACACAGUGGACACAGCAAAGUCGGACGACACACCUGAAGAUGAAGAGGAGAAGAGAGCGGAAAUGGAACCGAACCCUGAAAACUCCCCACCAGAGAGACCGGAAGGGAGUGAGGAUGCGGAGGGCGAGCUGAGUGUAUCCGCGGCGCCGGAGCCACCAGCGUCUCCCUGCAAAACCAUCGUCGCAGCGAGCUCCGUCGAUGACCCUGUCAUCUUGCCCUUCCGCAUCCCUCCCCCACCCUUAGCAUCAGUCGAUAUUGAUGAAGAUUUUAUGUUUACUGAGCCACUACCACCCCCCUUGGAGUUCGCUAACAGCUUUGAUAUCCCCGACGACCGCUUGGCUCCCGCUUCUGCUCUGACAGACUUGAUGAAGCAAAGGAAAAAUGGAACACCUUCACCUGCGCCAUUUACCCCCAGCCAGUCAACCAACUCCUUGGACAGUAAAAAGCAAGUGGGUCUUUCAAACUGUUUGCCUGCCUCCUUCCUGCCACCCCCCGAAAGCUUUGAUAACGUCACUGACUCUGGGAUUGAGGAGGUAGACAGUCGAAGUAGUAGUGACCAUCACUUAGAGACAACCAGCACUAUCUCAACAGUGUCCAGCAUCUCUACCUUGUCCUCGGAAGGUGGCGAGAACUUGGAUACUUGUACAGUCUAUGCAGAUGGGCAAACAUUUCUGGUGGACAAACCCCCAGUACCUCCUAAGCCAAAAAUGAAGCCCAUAAUCAGCAAAAGCAAUGCACUUUACAAAGAUGCGCUAAUUGAAGAAACUGUAGACAGCUUUGUUAUCCCUCCUCCCGCUCCACCCCCACCUCCAAUCAGUGCACAGCCCAACAUGGCUAAAGUUGUUCCCCAAAGGACAUCUAAGCUAUGGGGUGAUGUGACGGAGGUGAAAAGCCCAAUUCUCUCAGGCCCAAAGGCUAAUGUUAUUAGUGAGUUGAACUCAAUACUGCAGCAAAUGAACAGAGAGAAAUCCUCAAAGCCAGGGGAAGGAUUGGAGUCACCUACUGGAACAAAAACUGCAAGUCUCAGUACAAGGAGCACAGAAGUCAUGAGUACUGUCUCAGGUACCCGAAGUACAACAAUCACUUUCACUGUCCGCCCCGGAGCCAGCCAGCCGAUCACACUGCAGAGCAGGUCCCCAGACUAUGACAGUAGGACCUCAGGAGCAAGGCAUGCUCCAAGCCCUGUGGUUUCACCUACAGAGAUUAAUAAAGACAUCAUGCCUGCUCCUCUGACUGCUUCAGCUUCAUCUCCUUCUCCAACUCUGUCUGAUGUAUUUAGCCUACCCAGCCAGCCCCCCUCUGGGGACUUAUUUGGCUUGACCACAGGGCGCAGCAGGUCUCCUUCUCCCUCAAUAUUACAACAGCCAAUCUCAAAUAAGCCUUUUACAACUAAGCCUGUCCACCUGUGGACUAAACCAGAUGUGGCAGAUUGGUUGGAAAGUCUAAACUUAGGUGAACAUAAAGAAACAUUUAUGGACAAUGAAAUAGAUGGCACUCAUUUACCAAAUCUACAAAAGGAAGAUCUGAUAGACCUUGGAGUGACUAGAGUUGGGCACAGAAUGAACAUAGAAAGAGCUUUGAAGCAGCUGCUGGACAGAUAAGAAUAGCUAUUUUGCCUCAUAAACUUCUGUUGAUAACUAGAGAUGGGCUGGUACUGAAAUACCCCAAAUGCCUUGUCUGUCUGCGAGUGCCAGCCAAAUUGGGGCGGGAGGGGGAGAAAUGUUUAAUUCCUGGUACUCAGGUAACGCAGACUGUACGCUACAUGCCCAAACAUAAAUCUAAACAUGUUACAUGAGUGGGGCUAUUCUGUUUCAAAGUUGUGGGGAGAUAUGAGAGGGAGAGAGAGAGAGAGAGAGAGAGAGAGAAAAUUGUUAACUUCAAAAAUAUUAUAAUCUAUUGAUAAUGCCAUUCUGCUGGAAUCAUUACAUACUAGUUGUUUUCUUUCAAUUUAUAAUUGCAAGUGUUUCACUUUUUUAAUUAAAAAGCAUUAUAUUCACUUCUUGACAUUCAUUCAGUCAGUCUCCUAACAGGUUUCCUUCCCAAACCUUUAAUUCAUUUUAGGAGGAGAGACACAUGGUUCAUUACCUUUUUAAACCAUUUUUGUUAGUAUUAGAGGCACAAUUUUAAGCCAGGUACAAAAGUGGACAUUACUGUUUUUAACUAGUUUAGCUCUCUAAUUUAUUAGCAGUGAAGCUGGUUGUUCUGCUGGAAUUAGUUCAAAGGUAACCUUGCUCUGUUUUACUUGGUAUUUCUUUAUUUCUGCAGUUAUAUUUAGUGCUCUUCCAAGGUGGCAGAACAAGUUCAAUACAUGCUCCAUUGACUUGACCUGUAAGACGAUGCAGAAGUUGUGUAAGCACUGAGAAAGGACGCUCCCUUAGAGGUACAACAAAAUGAAGCUAGUUUGAACCUGAGACCCCCAGUUUUCAACCAGCUGAACUACUGCUAAGGCGCAACGUGAACUCUACAAGCCAGAAACAAUUUGGGUUUAUGUACAGACGCCUCUUUUAGACUUCACAGUCAGAUACUCAAAUAUGCGGAACCCUGAGAGACAGAUACUGUUUAAUUCAGUGAGUCAUAAGAGCCUGGCCAUUUUGAACAUCAGGUCAAGAGAAAAGAAAAAUAAAGAAAGAUGAAUGUUCCCAUUGAAGUCAGUGGGAAGGUUGCCAGUAUUUUCAGUAAGAGAGGGAUUCUGGCCCAUUAGUAGAAAUGGAAAUGUUUCAGCUUGUUAAAGAAAAAGGUAAAAGAAGCUAAUACGAAGCUGGAAAGAGGGCCGUAGUGUCUCAGAAUGUAAGUGUGCCAAGGGCCAGGAGAAUUGGGUAGGUAUCCAGUUUCUCAUUUUUGUCAUUUUUAACCUGUACUGGCUUCUUGACAAGGCCAGCAGACUGAGCACUCGCCAGGGAGCUGGCAGCUUCGCCCCGGCCUCCUGUGAUUUCUUUGCAUAGCUGCGGCGAGGUGCGGGGAGCGGUGUGCCCGCGCUGCCACGGACCGGGCAGACGGACCGGGCAGACGGACCGGGCAGACGGGGCUCCGCACGGACCCGGCUGUGCUGUAGCCAGCUGCCAGAGCCUGUCCUUUCCUGGAGACUUCAAGCCAGCAGGGGGAAACACACAGAUUUGUUUAAUCUGACUUUUUUUUUCUUUCUUUUUUUUUUUUUAAGUUAACAAGUCUCUCUCUGCAUGUUUGACCUCCCCUUGUAAUUAACACCUCUUAAUAUCUGUGAGUUUUGUAGGUCUUUAUUAACAUAAUAUUCAACACGUUCCAGGUGGGUACGUGGUGCGUGGAUGGCUAGACUGCCUACCUACCAUACUUUCAGGUUCUCUUACAUUUUGCAAGGUACCUGAACUUUCUUUCCUUGCUAUGGUCCUUGAUAUGGUCCAGCCUAUCUCUAAUUUUUUUAUUGUGAUUAUUUUUGCUCACAAACAAGUGUCUAAUUAGGUCUGCAACAGCCCUAGUAUGAGUACAUAAAGUUUAGCAUUUUAAAUAUCUUUCUUUACUGCAAGUUUAAAUAGUUGUACAGAUAGUUUAUAAGCACAAUAUUUUAAGAAAAUAAGUGGCUGGUCUACUGGGCAGCCUUUGUGCCACUUCAGUGCUAGAAAGUUAAAAACAACAAAAACUUUUGUGGUUUAAUACUAUUUCUGUGGAAUAAUUAUAAAGUCUUGACCUUUUUAAAAACCAACCUCAUUUGGAUGCAUCUGAACCAGCAGAGCUGUGUUAUAUUUUCUAUCUUUGCUAGAACUUCUACAAAGGAGGAUGAAUAUUUCUUCAAAAGCGGUUAUAGUUACCAAUGCAUUGGAUACUUAUAAAAAGCAACGUAUUUAGCCUCCUGCCCCCUUUAUGGAACAACAGAUCUUUUGACUUAACAUCUGUUACUACGCUGUAUUUGUACUUGAAAGCUCCAAGUAACCUUGUAAUAAAAACCAAGUAGUAAGGCAUUCUACUUUUAAGAGUACUGAAUUUUUCCAUAGUUAUUGUAGAAAAUGACAGUCUCAUUCAGAUAGUCAAUACAGGCAACUUGAGGCCAUCAAAUACUUUAAGAAGUGUAAAAAUGGUAAUUUAGCCAUCAUUGUCUUCCAUUUGGUGAUAUGACAGAAUUCAGUAAAUAAACCACUAAUGCCAUGCUCUUUUUUUUUCUUUCUUUUUUUUGUUUGUUUCUUUGGGUACGGUUGAUAUUACCUCUAUAAUAUGUGCCAGAAAAUACAUUAGAAAACAUGGUAGUAAAAGAAAAUGUAGAAGUUGACAUUUAAGCUGCUUUUUAAUCACAACCUUAUUGUUGAAUUUAAGUUUAACGAGUGCUGACAUACACAGUAAAUUACAGUUGAUGGUAACCCCUUUCUUGAACAGGUGUGUUUCUUGCUCAUGUAUCUUUUCAGGUACUGAAAGAAUAGGUACUAUACAAUUAGUAGAAAAGAGAUUUAAAACAUUAAAGAGCUAAUGAAAUAGUUUAUUUUUACAUUGUGUCUUACAAACUAAACAUAGUGAGACCUGAAAGGACCUACUUUUACCAAUAAAAUGCACCUCUGCCAAGAUGAAUUGGUCUCUAGCUUUGUUUGCUGAUUUUGCUACAGAAAGCAAUAGUAACAGAUACAACAUUGCCUCCGAGUAUUUUCAUCAGUCUGGAAAUGUUGGGGAGGGGGGAGGAGAGAAGACCCUAUAAUUUCAUGCUAGUAUGAUAGUGAAAAAACACGUUGUUAGAGAUCUAUGAAAUACGUUAUGAUAUUCUGGGUUUUAGGAUCAACUUUUGUUUAUAUACUGUAAUUUAAAUAAAUUGCAUUUACAUGCCUAGUUUCUGUAAUAUUUGUGUAUACAAUACCAAAAUCUUACAAGAUGUAAAUUGUGUAUAACUGCACAGACUCCUUUCCCUGGGUGUCUGAGAACAUUUUAAGUUUGAUUCAUAUAUUAUAAAAUGACUAGAUGUGACUGUUGAUUUACAGAAUUUACAUAUCACAAAAGUUAAUUAUUUGUGGUACUUAAGUUAAUAAGAAUAGUGAUUUUUUUUUUCUUAGUUCUUAAAAAGCAUUACCCAGUUGAUCUGGCGAUGAUUAUGUGUGUGAGCCACAAAUAUUGAUAAUUUUUCCAUUACAUUUUUUCUUUUUUUUCUAGAUAUUAAUAUGUUUCUCGCUAUAGUUUGUGUAACAACUUGUGUUCACGUUAUCUAUGUUGCUGUAAUUUUUGUGCUUUAAUUCCUCUUAUUUCAACUGAUUAAAAAUCAAGCUCCUGUAACUUGCACUUUUCCCCAAUCCUUAAUACUCUUGUAUGGCAACCAAAAUUACUGUAAGAAAUAAAUAUAAUAUUGCACUAA